GUGCAGAGGGAAGGCAUCCCUUUCUGGAUUGGAUCUACCAAAAAUCGGUGCUGGAAGUCUCCUUUCAAAGCUGGUUUCGGAUCAGAAAGGCGCACUUGGAGAUCCUUCCCCUAUCCAAGAAGGGGACUGACUAAAGGGUGAAGUUUGGGGGGGAAAAAAACUCAAUUCAGGGGAAAAGAAGCCCACGGGGGAGAGGCAAGAGACAGUGCCAAGAAGGGGUUGUUUUGGGGAUAGAUUUGCUGAGAAAGGAAAGCGCAAAAAGUCGUGCGUAAAAGUGCAAAAAAGUCGUGCGUAAAAGCGCACAGCGAGGUCAUUUCGCCUCCAAGGAAGCUCGCAGGGAUGCGUUUGGAGCUGGGCAUCCAACCCCACAAGCUCUCCAACCAGAGCCAGGACCCCGGGGCCAAAGAGGGCCACUUGGAAGCCCUGCUGGACUGCUCCCUCUUGGCUUGUGUGGCCGGCAGUUUGGGUCGUGUGGGGCACUUGGCGGUGGCGGUGUGCCUGGGCGGGAUCCUGCUCCUGGGAGGCCUCAACAACCUGCUGGUGCUGCUGCUCUUCGCCAAGUUCCCGGCCAUCCGGACCCCUCUCAACCUCCUCCUGCUCAACCUCAGCCUCAGCGACCUCCUGGCCUGCCUCUGCGGGACCUCCUUCGGAUUCGCCUCCAGCCUCGAGGGCCGGUGGCUCUUUGGGCAAGCAGGCUGCCGCUGGUAUGGCUUCGCCAAUGCCCUCUUCGGCAUUGUUUCCAUGCUUUCCCUUUCCAUCCUCUCCUACGGACGUUACAUGAUGGUCCUGAGGAAGCCCUCCAAGAGCAUGACCGCUAGCUACUCCAGGUCCUUCCUCUGCAUCGGGGGCACCUGGCUCUACUCCUUGUUCUGGACUCUGCCCCCGCUUUUCGGCUGGAGCAACUUGACCCAUCAAGAAUCCAGGGAAAGCUGCUCCACUACUUGGUUCCCCAAGACGGCCAUCAACUUUUCCUACGUCAUUUGCCUCUUCGUCUUCUGCCUCAUCUUACCGCUGGUGGCCAUGACCUAUUGCUAUGGCCGGAUCCUGCAAAUCAUCCGAAAGCAGGUCUCUCGGUUUCCGGUGACGGCUGUCCAAAGACGGGAGCAACGUAUUUUGUGUAUGGUGGUCACCAUGGUCACCUGCUACUUCUUCUGCUGGGUGCCUUACGGAAUUGUGGCGUUAAUCGCAGCCUUCGGAAAGCCUGGGACCAUCACCCCAGUGGUCAGCACCGUCCCAUCCAUUCUGGCCAAGGCCAGCACCGUUGUGAAUCCCAUCCUCUAUGUCCUUCUGAACAAGCAGUUUUACCGAUGUUUCACUGUCCUCAUGAACUGUGACCCGCUUCCGAAGCACCUGGAGAUGACUUUGCAUUCAAAAUGGAGCCGAAAUCCCAACAUAGAGAGCCGGGAGGUCCCCGUUCGCUUGAUAGGCAUACAGAGAAGACUAGGGAGCACCAAAGUGAGGCCGAAUCCUUCGGGAAGAAGCCCAAAAGACUUGCCAUUUGCAACAGCUAGCACUUCGCCAAAGACCCUUUCAGUGUCUUCCUCCAAGAACGAACGACCGCCUCACCAUUCUGCAAACCAAAUCCUCAAAAGUUGACAGACUGAAAUGGGAACCAUCUUUCGAAUGUAUGUGACAAAGACACAAAUGCAUUUGGAUAGAGAGCCGCUUAUUGACAUUGAGACGGCAUUUCCUUGGAGGCAGGAAAGUGUGGUGCUUUUAUGGCAGCCGUCUUCCAGUUUAACCAUCAUGG